AUGAUAACUUGAUCACAAAUAUCUUUCUCUGAUAUAAACUCUCCUAUUAUAGAACAAAUAGCAUUUUUUCAUGAUCAUUCAAUAAUAAUUAUUAUGAUAAUUACUAUUAUUACUAUUUACAUAAUUAUUAAUAUCAUACUAAACAAUUUCACAAGACGUUCAAUAAUAGAAGGGCAAGAAAUCGAAUUUAUUUGAACAAUUAUUCCAGCAAUUACAUUAAUUUUCAUUGCAAUUCCUUCUCUUCAUUUACUAUAUUUAACUGAUGAAAUAUUUAAUUCUCAGAUUUCAAUUAAAGUUCUUGGACAUCAAUGAUAUUGAUCAUAUGAGUACUCAGAUUUCAAUAAAGAAUUUGACUCAUUUAUAAUCCCAGAAUCAGAAAUGAAUUUAAAUUCAAUUCGCCUUUUAGAAACUGAUAAUAAUUUAGUUAUUCCAAUAAAUACAAACAUUAAAUUUCUAAUUUCAUCAACUGAUGUAAUCCAUUCAUGAACUAUUCCAUCUUUAGGUUUAAAAAUAGAUGCUAUUCCUGGUCGAUUAAAUCAAUGCUUUUCUUCUUCUAAUCGGCCAGGAAUAUACUUUGGCCAAUGUUCAGAAAUUUGUGGUGCAAAUCAUAGAUUUAUACCAAUUUCAAUAGAAAUUACUUCUAUAAAAAAUUUUAUAAAUUUCAUCCAAAAUU